AUGUGCGAGGACUACAAUGAGUCGGCAGACAGUUACGGCGACCAUGACGCCCAGGACUGGGACAGGAACUGGUGGACGGUACCACAUCACGCCCAGGAUUGGUGGACCCAUGUGCAGCUUUCAAAAUGGAUAGAAGACGCACUUUUCACGCCACCAACUCCCCAACCAGCCGCUCCGGUCUCUCCUCCAAAUAUCCCGGCGAAUGCUGCCGCCCAGGCACAAGCGCAGGCGCGAGCAAAUACAAGGCCACAUCGCGAAUUCGUAUACAAACGCAACAUGCAGUAUAACCACUGGCUCAGCACCCGACCACCAGAAUACAGGCAGCGGAUACAAAACCUGAGCCAGCAAGAAUUUGAUGAGUUUGCUAGGAGAUGGAUUGACCAGCGAGCUCUCUACGAAGCCGCCGAGGCGAACUUGAGAACUCUGCUCGAUAUCAAGACGUGGGACGAGGAUUAUAACAGACACCUCGCUAGAAGGCCGCCACAGGAUCCUCCGGGGCCCUACCUGGCCUGGGCCGCAGGGCUCGAGUCUCUCACCGAAGCCCACCCAUACCAACACGCCCCUCACUGGCCCGCCGAGUGUGCGAAAAAGGCCAAGGAGUUUGCCCGGAGAGAGUUUAUGGGUAUGAUCCAUGACAGAGAGAAAGAGGUCAAUAUGUAUGCCAUGAGAGAAAUAGACCGUCUCCACGCUGCAGGUGAGGUCGUCGAUAUGGCCGACUUGGAGAGGUUCAAGAAUACUAUCAGGGACCGGCCGAUACAGAUCCCUGCGCCCGACGUACCGAUCAGGAGGCGUAUCCGUGCGCUCCAAAAACAGGUUUGGGGUUGGGACUGGCACCAUGGGCAUCUGAAGGAAACCUUCACGCAUCCACCGGUUCCGGUCCGUUCAUCCCUCCAUAUCAGUCUCCGCCUCCGGGACCACAACCUGGUCCACCACCACCUCUUCCUCCUCCCGGGCCCCAUGGAGGCGCGCGGCAAGGACAACAGGGCCAGCAGGGACAACAGGGACAACAGGGACAACAGGGACAAUAGGGUCAACAGGGUCAACAGGGUCAACAGGGUCAACAGGGACAAUAGGGUCAACAGGGGACGACAGGGACAACAGGGACGACAGGGACGACAGGGACAACAACCCCCACCCCUCCCCCCUUUCCCACCCCCCGCAAACCCCCUCGACCUCCUCGCCCAAGCAGCCGCCCAACAACUCCAAUCCGGCGUCCAGCGCUUCGGCAACAACCCCCCCCACCCAGUCAACAACCCCAUCCCCCCUCCCAACGCCCCCGCUCCCGCUCCCCAACCCUCAGCCCAAUCCCCCCGCGGUAAAAAACGCAAAACCAUCUCCCCCCUUGCCAAACCCGGAGAUAAAUCCCAACCCCAAACCCAAGCCCAAACCAACAAACGAAACGCAACCCUCGCUGCAAAAGGCCAGCUCGCACAAGUCCGUCAGACGCUCAACCAAAACGCCGCGCAGGCGGCCCAGGCGGUGGUGCAGCAGCGGGCAGAGGCGAAUCAGCAGAACCAAGUUGCUGGAGGGGCGGAGGGGGGACUGGCGAAGGCGCAGAUGGAUGGGGCGAGGGAUAGUGAUGAUGAUGUGGUGAUGGGGGGGAUGACGAUUAGUGCUGGGGGAGGGCAGAUUUUGAGGGGGGUGGGGGAUGUGGUGCAGGGGCCGUUUGGGAUGCCUGGGCCGGUGGCGUCUGGUAGUCCUAUGGAUAUUGGUUCUUCAGGUGUGGUGGGUGGUUGCUGA